AUGAAAAAAGGAAAAAUAAUACUUUUAUAUUUUCUUAUAGUUAUUCAUAUCAACUUUUAUAAAAAUGUUAAAAUCAAAAAAAAAUGGGGGAAUAUAUUUUACAUAUAUAAUACCCCCCAAAUAAACAUACAAAAACGAAAUUUCCAACUGAAAAAUAGUUGUACAUUUCUAACUGGAAUCAAACCAAGUGGAAGCAUACAUCUUGGUAACUAUAUAGGAUGUUUGUCUCCCAUAAUAAAUCUUGAACUCCAAAAAAGGGAAGACUAUACAAAUAAUGUCAAAAAUGAUAAAAGUUGUGAAAUAAAAAUGGGCAAAAUAAACGGUAUGAACAAAAUGAACAAAAUAAACAAAAUGAACAAAAUAAUACUAAUCGCCGACCUUCAUAGUUUAACAAACAUUAAUAACAUAUUUUCAUUAAAACAAAAUGUUCUCGACUCAGUAAAGACUAUCAUUUCUUUGAUUAUAAACAUGUAUGUGAAAAAAAAAAACUACAUUGAUAUAUAUAUAAAUGACAUAAAUAUAAAACAUAUUAUUAAACACCUUAACAUAAACAUAAAAGAUGAUAUAAAUAUUCAAAAUCUAUUAUCAUAUAAUGGAGAUAAUAUGUAUCUUAAUUUAUAUAAUGAACAAAAAUAUGUAAAUUCAAAUAUGAUCAAUUCGUCGAAAAUAUAUGAACAAAAAGAUAUUUUUACUUCUCACCAUUCAAAGUUAAAUAGAAAUAGACAAAACGAUAAUUAUAAAUUUUAUAAAAAAUCGAAUAUUAAACAAAUACAUUAUUUUUACAUAAUUAAACAAUCUGAUAUACAACAACAUACAUCUCUUUAUUAUUUAAUAAAUUCUUUUAUUCCCAUUAAUAUACUAAAUUCACAUAUACAUAUAAAAGCUAGUGAAAAUAAAAAAACAUUUUCUUUAUUUUCUUAUCCAAAUUUAAUGUUAUCAGAUAUUAUGCUUUAUAAACCUCAGUAUUUAAUAAUAGGAUUAGAUCAAAAAAAAAAUAUCGAAAUUAUAAAAAAAAUUUCAAAAAAAAUUAACACAUCCUUAAAUAAACAUAUUAUAAAAUUGCCAAAAAUAUAUUCUUCAAAAUUCAAUAUAGAAAUAAUGAAUUUGGAUGGACAUAAUAAAAUGAGUAAAGAUAAAGAAUUAUCAACUUGUCAAAAUUUACACAAAGUUAUUUAUCUAUUUGAUAAUAAAGAUAUAAUUGAAGAAAAAAUACGAAAAGCCAAAACAGAUAAUUACAACACAUUAAUAUAUGCUAAACAUGAUCAAAAAGAAAUUAAUAAUCUUAUUAAUAUAUAUUUAUUCUUUUUUUAUCAUCAAAUUAAAAAUAUAUAUUAUAAUAUAAAUAAUUCCAAAGACUCAACUAACCAAUUUUGUUUCCCUCAAAAUUCGCUAUUUUUAAAUAAUAUAAAGCAAAAUUGUAUAUCUCACCCUACAAAUGUUUAUAAACAAAAUGGACAAAAUGAAAAAAAUGAGCAAAUAAUUUUUAAAAAAUGUAAUAUAAACCCAAAUUUUAAUCCAAAUAUUAUAAAUGAUAUCCUAUCUACUUAUAAUAAUAAUUACCAACAUUUUAAAUAUGACCUGUCUCAAUUAAUUUAUAAACAUUUCAUAUUUUCAAAGUAUUGUUAUGAGAAACUUUAUUCCGAACAUAGAUUAAUAAAUUAUUUAUUAAAGAUUGGCAAACAAUGCUUAUAUCAAAAGGCUUCCAGAACAUAUAAAAAUUUCAAGAAAAACUUAAAUAUAUAA